CAGCUCCCGUAGCGAGGGCAGCAUGAACGGGACGGAGGGGAUCAAUUUUUACGUGCCUAUGUCCAACAAGACGGGGGUGGUGCGGAGCCCCUUCGAGUACCCGCAGUACUACCUGGCCGAGCCCUGGAAAUACCGCCUCGUGUGCUGCUACAUCUUCUUCCUCAUCUCCACCGGCUUCCCCAUCAACUUCCUCACCCUCCUGGUCACCUUCAAGCACAAGAAGCUGCGGCAGCCCCUCAACUACAUCCUGGUCAACCUGGCGGUGGCUGACCUGUGCAUGGCCUGCUUUGGUUUCACCGUCACCUUCUACACCGCCUGGAACGGCUACUUCGUGUUCGGCCCCAUCGGCUGCGCCGUGGAGGGAUUCUUUGCCACCCUGGGAGGCCAGGUCGCCCUGUGGUCCCUGGUUGUCCUGGCCAUCGAGCGCUACAUCGUCAUCUGCAAGCCCAUGGGCAACUUCCGCUUCUCCGCCAGCCACGCCAUGAUGGGCAUCGCCUUCACCUGGGUCAUGGCCAUUUCCUGCGCCGCCCCGCCGCUCUUCGGCUGGUCCAGGUACAUCCCAGAGGGGAUGCAGUGCUCCUGCGGGCCUGACUACUACACCCACAACCCCGACUUCCACAACGAGUCCUACGUGCUCUACAUGUUCGUCAUCCACUUCAUCAUCCCCGUCGUCAUCAUCUUCUUCUCCUACGGGCGCCUCGUUUGCAAAGUCCGCGAGGCAGCUGCCCAGCAGCAGGAAUCGGCCACCACGCAGAAGGCGGAGAAGGAGGUGACGCGGAUGGUGAUCCUCAUGGUGCUGGGCUUCAUGCUGGCCUGGACGCCCUACGCCGUGGUGGCGUUCUGGAUCUUCACCAACAAGGGCGCCGACUUCACGGCCACGCUGAUGGCAGUGCCUGCCUUCUUCUCCAAGAGCUCCUCCCUCUACAACCCCAUCAUCUACGUGCUCAUGAACAAACAGUUCCGUAACUGCAUGAUCACCACAAUCUGCUGCGGCAAGAACCCCUUUGGGGAUGAAGAAACCUCCUCCACCGUAUCCCAGAGCAAGACCGAGGUCUCCUCCGUCUCCUCCAGCCAAGUAUCACCUGCAUAGAGCAUGGACAGUUUGAACUGGGGUGACCAGCCGAGCUCGGGGACCCAGACAGACGCCCCACAGCCGUUCCCUCGUGCCCCGGCCCCCUCCCCUGCAGGGGAAUUUAGCUGUGCCCGUCCUGCUGUAGCUGUGCAGACCCCACCCCACACAUCCACGGGGACCCACACGUGGCGCUCUGAGCUCUGCCACUCCGAGCCUGGGGAGCCCAGAGCUGUGGCCCAGCUCCCAGGAGCACGUCACCUCUGGGGGACUGUCCCCACCUGUCCCCAUCGAGUUCAAACAGCUGCAGUUGAUGGGGAC